AGCAAUAGAGGAGAGCGAGGGGUAUGAGACACCAUAUUUGGGGACGACUGGAGAGGUAAAAGAGUUCAUUAAGGGUGAGGACAAGUUAAAAAUAAUUCACCUAAAUGUCAGAAGCUUGAGAAAGAAUUCUGAUGAACUGGCGUUAUUAAUUGAGUCAAUUGAGCCUGAAAAUAUCGACAUUUUAGUUUUAUCGGAGACCUUUUAUUUGGAGGAGGAUGAAGAGUGGCAUUAAACGAGUCGACAACACGUAAUAAAUUAUGGAUUUUCCUAUUGGAGUGAAUCAUAAUGGAAACAUUAGCGAUAUUUCCAUGGAAGAGAUUGGUUUUCAACAGCAUAUAGAAAAUGAUUAUGUUGCAUACAAUUGUGAAGAAAUCGAGAAUGGAAAUUUAAAUAGUAAUAUCACAGAUCUGGUUCUUGAGGACGGCACAAGAGCAAUGAUAGUGGAUGGCACAUUGGUAACUGCAAAUGGUCAAACUUUAUUGUUGCAAGAUGGCACCGAUUUGAGCCAGUAUUCUUUUGAUGAAAACACAGAACAAAUUGUCAUUUCCAAAGAACAAGAAGAUCAAUUUCUGCAAGACAUAUCGUCCUCCUUUAAAGAAGACCCCAUAUUAGAAAAUGCCCAAGAAAACCAACAAUCACAGAUGCUGUAUAUUAAAAAUGAUGACAAUUUUAUACACCAAGAACAAAUAAAUGAAAUCAGUAAUGUGCCUUUAGAGGACCUCCCUUUAGAAGACGAUCAGAACUUAGUCAGUUUAAGGGAUGGUUAUGAACUUAUUAGUAUUGGCCAAUUACUUUUAGAUGGAGCAGCUCAGCUAGAUAACUCAAACUAUCAAUUUGCUAUCUUGAAAGAUGGAAAAUUCUAUUUACAAGCUGGCAACAAUGACCUGGUGAAUGCAUUACACUUCAAUGAGGAGGAGGUGGAAGAUGUUGCCAAAAGGAAAAACUUGGUGGAUCUGGAUCCAUCGGUCGUUACUGGAAGAAAUAUUAAGACAGGCCAAGUGAUAAGUCUGUCAAAUCACAUGAGUAAAAUAGGCAUUCAAAAUAUUGAAUCCUCUGUGUUGGAAAAGAAGUUUAAAGUCGAAAGUGCUGGUGAUUUAAUUAAUAUGGAUGAUGAUACUCCAAGUAGGAACCUUACUAAGUUGAUCAAUAAAAAAAUAACCAUAGGGCAAACUGAUAAGGGGAAAAGAUUGGUAGGGAAAAUAGUGAAUGUAUUAAAGAAGGCUGAUGUAACUAAAAAAGCUGCUGGUGAAAUAUUGAAUGAGCCUGUUGAGAAUAGGCUUAGUGAGGUAGAAGAGGCACUAAAUUUAGUAGAAAGCGAAGGCUGUGAUAUACUUCCUGUAAAUACUGCCAUCCCUAAAGACAACAUUAUAGAUCGUGAUUUUGAUAAUAAACCAAACAGUAGGACUGUAUUAGAUAACCAAUCCACAGUCUUACAAAAAACAGCUGAAAGCUCAAAAAUCAUCGUCCAAGAAAAAAUGGUUACCAAAGACUGUUUUAACGUGAUAAGUAAGACUAUAAGUGGCCUAAUGAACAUGGAUAGUGUGGUUAAGAAGCUACAAAAUAAAAUAAUUAUCAUAAAAAUUGUCGAAAAAACGUUUAAUCAUGCAAUCAACGAUUAUUCAAAAACCAUAUCUUAUUGUAGCGGUUGUAUGGUAAGGGAAUACCAGUUGGAUGCCGGAGAUGGGACUUAUUCGGAAACGUGGAAGUUUAAUCCAGAUCAAAACGCAAAAGAAACCAUUUUGGGGCAAGAAACUUUCGAGCUAUCUAAUAGAGAUCGGGAGGCGUUAUAUCAAAAUUCAAAAAAGUACGCGAACCUUACGAUCCAAAUAACAACAAACCCAAACGGCCAUAAACAAACGAAGGUAUUCAUAAACCCGCCUGCCCUAUUUCAAUGCAAAGCUUGCUGUAAAAGCUUCCGAACUAGUGCACUUUUAAAAGUUCACUCAUUAGAAUGCCAUACAAAUCCAGUACAAUGGUUCAGUUGCGAGGACUGCCUACAAAAUUUUAAAACAGUAGAAGAAUUAUCGAAACAUUCCAGGACCCAUUUGGACAAAUUAGGGGCCAAAAAGAACGGGAUGUACCAAUGUAUGGAAUGUCACAUGUCGUUUUCGCGUAGUUUCGAGAUUAGGCGGCACAUGGAUAGGCAUUAUAAGGCCAGUUUUACUUGCCAAAUUUGUAAAAAAACUUUCAAUACAAUUAAGAUGCUUAACAAACACAAAGAGAUGCACACGUACCAACCAAAAAAAUUAAAUGCCAUUCUUAAGGGGCAGUCAGAACCCAAACCCCAACCAAGAAAAACCUACAGUUGUAAUAUUUGUAAAAGGCAAUUUUCUAGACAUUCAAAUUUACUGAGACACGUCGAAAUUCAUCAGGGAGAAGGGGCGAUGUAUCAGUGUGCAGUUUGCGGCUGUUCUUACCACUAUAUCUCCUCCCUAACAAGACACGUAGUGUCAUGCCACGUCACCAAAGCGAAAGAACGAGCCCAUCAGCAGCCUACAGUGCAACAGCUCCAAGAAAGUAUUAAUUCCACUCAAGAUGAAGACUUGCAGUUUUUACAAGAAGAUCAAAUAGUGCAAAUGAUCCCGCUGGACAGUUUGACUGAAUCGUUACAAAAUUAUGAAGGUUUUCAGUUUAUCGAUUCGGAUUUUCCGCAGGGGUUAGAGGGAGUACAAAUAUUUCAGGUUCCAAUUGAAGCUGAGGAGGCUAUAGAGAAUUGAGAAAUAGUUUUUAAGUUUAAAACAUUAUACUAAUGCAUGGCGUUUUGUUACGUUGUUGUGAAUAAAUUGUUAAAAUGG